CUUUGAUUGCUGCCUUUUCCAAGUACGGCAUCAGAGUACGAGCCGUGCAAUGACGCGGCUUCGCGGCGUCGCGAGACACGGCCAGUCAAUGUCGGUAGCCAAGGGAGCUGAAUAUUCCCCGCCAUCUAGGCAUAUGCAACGCCGCAUAUAACUGCGGCGGGUGAGCUCUGCAAUCCUCCACGGCCUCAUCACUUUUCAGGCCCCCUUCAUUGCAAGGCUUUGAUUUCAAAGAUGGAGAGUCGGGCUUACCUCUUAUCGUUCGUCUCCGGGGUGUCCAGCGAAGUUUUGCUUUUCUCCAGAGGCGAAUGGGAUCGCUAUGCGCCAACCAUUCUGAAGAGCCUCACCCUCUCGGCUUUAGGAAGCUUCUGCCUCUUAUGGAAGGGGCUUGGACUUUCUCUUAUAGCGGCGCUCCGGGAGACGACGCUUUUGGGCGCAGUCUUCCUUCUGGGUCUUUUCAGUUCUAUGGCCAUCUACCGCCUGUUCUUCCACCCUCUGAGAGCGUUCCCCGGACCAGUUGCUGCUCGACUAUCUGCACUCUGGGUGUUCAAAGAGAGUUGCCCAGACCUGAGGUUCUACGUCAAGCUUCGGCAGCUGCAUAACCAGUAUGGUGACUUUAUACGUAUCCGGCCUCGAGAGAUCUCUAUAUGCAAUCCUGACGCGGUCGUGGAUAUCCACGGUCCCCGAAACCAUAUUCGGAAAGGCGAAUUCUAUGAUCAGCUAAGUCCCCAUCGGAGCCUUCAGAUGACACGCGAUCCCGCAUUCCACAGCCGGAAACGCCGUUAUUGGGAUAAAGCGUUCCAAACCAAGUCGUUGCAAGAGUAUAUGCCCCGGCUAAGGAAACACUACGGGACCCUCUUGGACAUCUUCACUCGUCAUGCGGCGUCUGGAGAACCCAUCGACAUGAGCGAUUCCUUCAUGUACUUGGGCUUCGACCUGAUAUCUGAAUUGACGUUCGGCGAGUCAUUCGAUAUGCUGUCCACUGGAAUACCGAAUGAGAUCAUUGGGGAGUUCAUCCAAGGCAAGAAGUUCGUAGGCUUCAUGGUACUCAGCAUGUGGCUCUUCUAUCUCCUGAAGGCUCUGCCUCCUAUACAUGACCGCAUCGAGUACUGGUUGAUGUGGUACGAAAGGGCACUAGACAAGAGGAAAGCGAUGGACUUGCAAUCGCCGGAUUUCUACACGCACAUCUCGCAAGCGGAGAACUUCGAGCACGACCGUUCUCAUGAGGCACAGCUAGCCAUCGUGGCCGGAUCUGAUACGGUCGCUAUCACCUUAACGAAUGUUUGCUAUUUGCUUUGCCGGUAUCCGGAGUAUCAAAAGAAACUGUUCGAGGAGGUCGGUGAACUACCAGACGAGGAUGGGCUCAUCGAUGACCAGAUUCUGGUGGGCAAGCCUUGCCUGCUGGGCAUCAUCAACGAAGCCUUGAGAUUGUACCCACCGGUUCCCUCCGGCGUGCAGCGCUUGACUCCACCAGAAGGGGCCGUGAUCGCUGGCCGCUACAUUCCUGGGAACACGGUCGUAACUACACCAACGUAUGCUCUGCAACGAGCAGAUAAACGCGCAUUCGUCAAACCGGACGACUUCAUACCCGAGCGGUGGUUCUCGCAACCAGAACUCAUCCUGCGAAAAGACGCGUUCUUUCCAUUCUCGUACGGAGCCUACAACUGUGCUGGUAAACCGAUGGCCAUGAUGGAGCUUCGCAUGUCCCUGGCCAUGGUCAUCAAACGAUUCAGCCUCUCCUUCGCCCCCGGGAAAGAAGCGGAGUGUCAGCGAUUCGUCGAAGAUCAGGCCGACUGCUUUAUCAUGCAUCUUCACCCGCUUCCUCUUAUCCUGAAACGGAGAGCCGGAACCGAAUGA